AUGGAUGUCAAUAGCCUCGCUGUUCAGGAGCCAGGCCUUGUCGCUUGGUUCCUCUCACAUGGUGCCGAUCCAAAUGCCGGAUGCCAGUUGGACUUGACCCCAUUGUCCUAUGCCGUUCAAUAUGCCCCUUUCGACGUGAUUAGGACGCUGUUCGACCACGGUGGCUCAAUUCAUACAGGGCAGCUAGUUCACUGUGCGGUCCGUCGUGAUCAGCCAGAUACCCUCCAAGUGCUGGCUUACCUCCUCAACAAGGGGGCGUCUAUCAAUGCCGUGAUGUAUCAGAACCGACCGGAUUCCUAUCAGCUACAACAAGCAUUUGGACUGGGGACUCCUCUUCACAAGGCAGCUCAGCGUGGAAAGCUGGAGGUGCCCCGGUUUCUCCUGGAGAAUGGCGCCGAUCUCAAUGUCGUGGACUCCCUCGGCCAGACGGUCAUUCAACGUGCUACCAUCUUUCGGAAUCCCGAGGUGGCUGACUUUAUGCGGCACAACGCGUCCAUCUCAUCACAUUAG